GCGCCAGUCUGCCCCAGUGCCCUGAGAGCGUGCCCCUGCCCUCCCCCAGCCUGCUCUGGCCAGCUCUGCUUGGGCUUCCCAGCAAGUGGGGCAAGGCGUGCCCCCCCCUUAUCCCUGCUGCCAGCACUGCUGGAGUGGCACAGGGUAAACAAGCAGGGACACAGGGACACACAGCUCUGUGCCUGACUCUGCUGCUUCGGCUCUUCAGCACUGCAAGCAACAAGUAACCACUUCUGGUCUCCUGGGAGAGAAAUGUUCAGCUCCUGCCUCCCUCUGAAAACACUCUUUGUUCUGAGUUUAGCAGUGCUUCAUGCAGAUUUUACUGAAGCCGGACCUUUUGCUGGUCUAAGUGACUGCAAAAGUGCAACCAUAGAUGAUGUGAAUGAGAGUCUCAAGAAAUAUUCAGAAUGCUUGCCUGGAAUGAUUGCCAAUGGUGAAAAAGCUUCAAUCAAUUCCCUGGUGUGGACACUGAAAGAAACCCUUGAUCUGCUGCGCCCCGUUCAAGAGCAAUCUUGCAAGCAGCUACUUUCCUGCCCACGCCCAGUGGCCCCCAAAAACGGGGGGCUGGUGUGUGUGACCAUUGACAACGCUCAGUACUGCAAACCCAUGUGCAACGAGGGUUUUGACUUCCAGUUCCUCAGAAGCAGCAGGCUGUACGAAGUGUGUGGCAAUGCCACUGGCUUUUCCUGGACCACGCAGCUUGUCGGGGGAAAGGCACUGGCUGUCUGCAACCCCUCUGAGAUGGCCAUCAGUGGAGCUAACUCUGCCUAUUUCCCCAGCAACAGCAGCUGUGUGCACACCCUUGCCUCCCCUGAGGGGCAGGCAGGGCAGGUGAACACCUUCCUGCGAGAGCUCGCAGAGCGCGGCAUCGACAGCUCCGGCCGGGACGCGGGGGCCGACUGUGUCAUCUGUGGGUACUAACACCACACAGCCCGGGCACAGCAGAGCAGAGCACUGAAAUCAUGGCUAACACGUGCAAACACACAGCUUUUAUUUAGUUAAAGCCCUGGAGAUCACAGUCACGACCUCAGCUUUGGGGUAUGGACAUACAGGUUAAAUCUAAUCCCACAGUGCACGGCAGAAGAGUUUCAAAAGAAAGUCACUUUUAAAGACAGUUUCAAAUUUAAGCCACUUUUAUGGCUCAAAUUUGUCUAGCUGGAAUUAAAUAAGAGCUACAGUUUUUUAAUGGAUGCCUUCCCAUUGGCUUAACUUCUUCAGGAUCUCUGAAGAUAGUGAUAACCCUGAUCGUUAUCAGCAAUUGUCCUGUGUCAGGGGUCACCUUCACUGAGAAAGGGCCUUACUUCUACUCACUUUUGUUAGUCACUAUUACUGCUCUGGUCACCAUUAAAGCUGUGUAAGUGACAACAGUUCCUGGCUGUAGGAGUAUAAUACUUUAUCCACUUGCUUGGCUGGGGCUUAGAACAGCAGCAGAAAACCUGUCCAUUGUCCACCUGGCACUAAGUGAAAGUGAAGACCAAAGGCAACUUAGCACUGGUGAUCCAGCUUAUUUGUGGAGCUGCAGCUACGAAACAAUGUGCAUGUGAAUUAUUAUGAAAUAUAAACAAGAAUUUUAGUUACUGCUC